AUUCUAGCAAUUCUAUACCAUUAGAACCUUGCACUGAUGUUACUUCACCGUCAGAAUCUGAAAAUAGCAAUAAUCGAUCUCAAAAACGAAACAGACAGGGUAGACCUGUUUUCGACAAAGUAUGGAACUAUGUUAUCAGGCGCGAGAAA